AUCAAUCCGUAACCACUGCUUAAUGGCCUCCCAAACCUGCUUUGAGAUUACACACCCAAAAAACAAAUGAUCAAUGUCCUCAAGGGUAUCCCCACAGAGGGUACACUCCAUAGGCAGGCCCAGAAACUCUAAAUUUGAUUUAGUGGGCAGCCUCCUCCUAAAUACUAGCCACAUCGUAAAGGAGCAUUUAGGAGGAAUAGUCGAGUGCCAAAUAAAAGCCAUCCAAGGCUUGGGGUUGGCCUUCACCCUAAGCAAAUCAUACACCUUGCUCGGAACAAGACAUGAACUUCACCCGGUUCGUCAACCUUGAUGAGGAUGAUGAUGAAGUCCUCCAUGUCGACCAGCCUUCUUUCUCUAACCCUGCCUCCCCUUUCCAAGUGCCUGAAAAGGAAGGGGUCACUGCUGCCCGGUGCACCCCUCUACACGAGCUCAUCCGGGAUCAGAAGAUGAAGUCCCCUUCGGCCACCAAUCCGUCCGAGGGAGACCGGGCUGACUCCCCCCAAGUCCCGGUCAAGGCUAAAUCAAAAGGGACCGGCACGUCUUCCUCCCGUGCCCAAGGACACAAAAGGAAGGGCUCUCAUAAGAGUUCCAAGGGGGGCAAGAGGCAGAAGAUCGGGUCGCUUGACCUAGAGGGGGAGUCCGUUGAAGAGGACUUCGUAGCCUUGACCAGAAGACUCCAAAAGGUUGGAGUCAUUUCUGACGAGAUUGGCCAGUCACUCCUCGAGCCAACCAACCAGGCCUCUCAGCUGAAUCUCUUGCUUGACUCGGCCAAAUCAGAGAUAAAUGACCUGGUCGAGAGGGAGAGACUGUUAGAAGUAGAGUUGAGGACUGAGAAGGCCAAGCUUGGGGAGGAAAGGGCAUUGCUGGAGGAAGAGAGGGCCAGGUCUGCCCGGUUGGAGGAGGAAGGGAAGAGGAAAGUGGCUGAGCUUGAGGAUGCGUUGGCCCAAGCUGAAGAAACUGCCCGGUCAAAGGAGGAAGCCUUUCCUGAUGAUGCUGCGAAGUGGGCCGCCUGCCACCACACUGAAGUUGCCCGGUCCAUUAUCACCAAGCCGGAGGAUACCAUGGACUUUUUCAAGACCAUGUAUAAAGAACCGGAAGGCAAGAGGAUGAUAACUAAGAUCGGUUCAUACGGUUUCCAGUGUGGUUAGAAGGAAGAGACGUCCCUUCUCUAUGCCAGGCUCCAAAAGAGGGAUCCCUCAUUUAACCCAGCCAAGAUGAAACUCCCGGCUUUAUACAAGGAAGAGCCAGCUCCCCCCUUUCCCCUAGAGUAGGUUAGGGU